AUGGCGUCUACACACCAACUUCGAACUACACACCUCAUUGCCAUCAUAUGCAUACUCCUCUUCAGCACCGUAUCAAUCCUUUUGAUACCCACAACUCGGCACACGUCCCCCGCAUCCACACCUUUGUCGCCGUUGGAAUUGACACACGUCUUGGAAAGCCGAAAGGAUGAUAUCACUCAAUCCAAAAUCUCUACUCGCGCCCUUGACUCAUACCAAGACUCGAUCCAAAAGGGCCGAGACUUCCUCUGCGCUCUUGAACAGCCCAACAACGCCAAUCCCUGCGCCGUUAAGCAGUCUAGCUGGACGUCUCAAGCCGAUCUCCCGAGAUACGGCUGGAACAUCCGCGUGGACACAGGUAUCUCUGGAACCUUUGGCUUAGAAGCAGCAUUUGCGGCGCUAGGAAUUUCUUCUACUCCCUCAGAGUGGAGGACCGUCAACAUAGGCCACAACACGGAAACAAGGGAAGGCAAUACCAUAUACCCCGCCACAUUUGCGCAUUUUCUCACGCUAUUCCACGGCAGCACUCGCACCAUGGUUGCCAAGAUGAGCUAUGGUCCGGCAUACAAAGCAGAAAAGAUGAGAAUUCCCAUCGGAGGGAACAGGAAGCUGCCUCCUUUGCAGAGGUGGAGCGAUCUCAUUUGGCUGGCCUGGCAGAGAGUCACCAGUCUUCCCAAUGGGUUGUCUGACCAGCGUCUACUCGACAUGAGAGCGGGUCUGGAGCACGUGUUUCGCUACCAGGUCUCUAACCAAGACACCAAGGACACGGUCCUGCGAGCGCAUGGGAGAGGAACGAUUUCGAAUCCGAACGAAAUGCCACCGGUCUGGCCAGGAUGGGCGUUCACGCCGAGUUCGGACAACGACGCUUUCAAGAGCAUUCUGAACUCGCCGAACGCAUAUGGUGUUGUCUAUCUAUUGGCUUCGCACAAGGGCAACGACCAGUUCAAGGUCCGAACGAUCGAUCGCAUCAAUGCCUUUAAUUGUCCCUUCAGCUUACCGGGACGGCCUACUGAGGCGCGAUUGUGUCUAUACUUGCAUAUCGCUCCAGUUUGA